AGAGUCUUUAGUUGCUGACUGGUAUGUGAUGGUGUUGUGGAUUGAUUUGUCACUAUUGUUGAGUCCAAUGUCAUCCUCGCCACAAACCCUGAUGGCAGGAAUCCAGAUCACUUCCUUCAUUUUCAUCAGCUCUGUAUUGAUCCAUACUUGCUCAGCUGAUGGUGAUGUGUCUGCAGUGAUGCCUCUGACAGUAACAGCUCUGACAGGCUCUUGUGUGCAGAUUCCUUGUACAUUCACCAUCUCCAGUUUUGAGGACAAACGUAACAAGGCAAAAUCUAUUUAUGGGAUCUGGUUAAAAAAGAAAUCACAGUUUGCUGAUAAAGACAGCUUUAUAGCUUUUAAUAGCAGCGAAAAUAUCAUAAGAGGAUUUAGUGACAUACAGAUAACCGGAAAUCUCAGUGAGAGAAAUUGCACAACUGUCUUCUAUAACAUCAUGAUGAAUCAUUCAGAUUUAUACUUCUUCAGACUGGAAAUGGAGCCAAGUGUGUUCAAAGCAACAUUUAACCCCAAUACAGGCGAUGAAAUAAAGACUGUGAAGAUCACUGUCAAAGAUUCACCACAACCUCCUGAACUUAAACACACUGGUCUGAAAGAAGUAAUGGAGAACACAACAGUGAAUCUGAGCUGCUCCGCUGAAGCCCCCUGCCCAGAACAACCUCCUACAAUAUCCUGGUCUUACAUACCUAAUUCUGCCAGCAUUACAACACAGUUACAGGAGAAACCUGAUAAAACCCUGUCAGUGUUUUCAAACAUGACCUUCAAAGCUUCAUACAUGGAUCACAAAAAGAACAUCUCCUGCAUUGCUACAUAUCCAAGAAAAUCAUCUAAUGACUCAACUGUGGAGACCACCGUGAUCAUGCUACGAGUCCUGUUUUCACCAAAAGAAACUCACAUCAUCAUCAAUCCAUCUGCUUCAGUCUCUGUUGGUACUAAUGUGACUUUGACCUGCAAAAGCAAAGGCAGUCCAUCAAAAGAAAUGAACUACACCUGGUACAAACAUGGACAGAAGAUGGCUAUAGCUUGGGAAAAGAAGAUUAGUUUCAUCGUAUAUCAUAAUGACACAAGAUCAUACUUCUGUAUUGCUCAAAAUAAACAUGGAAAUCAGUCAGCAGAGAUCCAUCUCACAGUUGAAGAAGAGAGUGGAUUCUCUCAGCGUGUGAUAUAUGGUUGUACAGGAGGACUUUUGGCUUUUGUUCUGUUGUCUGCAGUACUUUUUUACUGUUUGAGAACAAAGACAUCAAGUCAAGCUCAUGUCAUAGGAAGAGAUCAGGCUACGGAUAAAAACGGUGACAUGGUGGCUAUCUAUGCUAACAGUUCCAGUGCGAUCAGCAAGAAAAGUGAAAAGAAAGAAACUGAUGAUCUCCACUAUGGAGAGAUUGACUUCUCCAAACUCCAGACGGGCGACAUGACAAGGGAACACUCAAACAAUGACCCACAGACAGAGUAUGCUGAGAUUCAAGUGACAGGGAGAAACAACAAGAAUCAAAAGCGUUGAGCAAAUGGACAAACAAAUGUAACAUUGCAAACCCUAGCAUCUAAAAGGAAUAUAAUUUGUAUAUAAUAUUAAAUGCUUUUUUUGGGCAGCUAUGAUAAUAUGUAUGCUGGUUACUUUGUUAAUUCAAACAAAAAAAAUCUUGUUAAAUUAUAGGUCACUGUGAUUUUUUGACAUGUCCCUGGAUCAUCAAUUUUGUUGACCCUGGAACUACAUUCCUGUCUGAAAAUUGAGUCGUAC